GGCAGCAACGAUGUCUACCAGUUUCUGUCUGGAGUUCCUAUCACCCCUCAGACCAGAUUUCUUCAGCUGAGCCAGCCAGAUGUACUCGAAGAUUUCCAGAAAGUCAUCCAUUAUAUGAGGUUUGCCCUGGCUGUUUAUGGCUGGCCUGUCUAUGUGAUGGUGCAUCCAGGCACAUGGUGCUGCAGAUUACUACCACUGUUGAGAUGUUGCUGCUGCAAAAAGCCCCAGAACGUGGAGGUGGUAGAUGACAAUUGCUGCUUGUGUAACUUCAGCACUGCCAAACAAACCAGUGGUCUGCAGAACCUGGACCUUGUUUAUUGUACCUACCAUGUUGAUAUUGGAGAAACUCCAUUCUUUGUUGCUCUGGAUCAUGUCUACAAAAAAGUUGUUGUGGCAGUGAGAGGCACACUGUCAUUGCAGGAUGUACUAACUGACCUAAAAGCCGAACCUGAAAAUUUGCCAAUAAAUCCUCCCAGAGAUGAUUGGCAAGGUCAUAAGGGCAUGAUUCAAGCUGCCGUCUACAUCAAGAAGAAGCUAAUUAAUGAUGGCAUCCUGCAGAUGGCGUGGGAUAGAGACGAGGCAUAUACAAAUAGCACUGACUGGUUGCGAUCGGCCAGGGAGACAGCAAAAUAUGAUCUAGUCUUGGUUGGACACUCUCUUGGAGCUGGGACAGCAGCCAUUCUGGCAAUCCUACUUAAGGCUGACUACCCUAACUUACAUUGUUAUUCCUAUAGCCCACCUGGUGGUUUACUUACGUUGCCCUGUGUGGAAGCAACCAAGUCAUUCAUCACUUCAGUUGUUGUUGGCAAGGACUGUGUGCCUAGGAUUGGAUUACCACAGUUAGAAAUGUUGAGAGCUGACAUUCUCAAUCACAUAAAAAACACAAAUGAAGCCAAGUGGAAGAUCAUCUUUAGGGGUCUCAUGUGCUGCGGCCGAUACUCUGAUACCAAUCCAGCAGAUGAACUGCUAGAACGAGAUGUUACUGCUCAUCCUAGCAACUCUGCCAUUGGACUUUCUGCCCACAUGCCUUUGUAUCCACCAGGGCAAAUGAUUCAUGUUGUUCGAAGUCAUAUUAAAGAUAAAAGAACAAAGGGCUUCUGCAGCAGUUCUAAGCCCAUAUAUCAAGCAGUCUGGGCCAGUAAUGGAGAUUUUGAUGAAGUUCUGGUCUCACCAACGAUGGUCAAUGAUCACAUGCCUGAUAAUGUUUUGGAGGCUCUGGAAAAGGUUGUGAUGAAAGUUGCACCAGAGAAGCCAGUUCAUACGCUGACUGAAGAUCAGCGACGAGAAAUGCUCAGUCACCCUUCUGUGUCUUCUUUGGCCACACCAACUGCUUCUGAGGUCAACAACUCUUCUGAAAGAACUCAGAAUGCACAUGGCUCUGAAGACAGUACUUCUCACAAUAAUGAAAACAACUUUAAUGGCAAUGGAGAGGCCCUUAUAGAAGAGGAUGAAACAUCAGCAUUGUUCGGAAUGCAUAGGAGUGAAAUAGAAGAUUUGGUGAGAGCUCCACUUGCCAGCCCUGAAACACUGUCUUUAGCUUCAGGGGUUACUGUUUUCAGUCCUAGUUCUAGUAUACUAGGUAGAGAGAGUUUGAAACAGUCCUUGCCUCGUUGUGUGGAAAAACAGAUGGAUAGUUCCAGCGAAACACCUGACAGCAGUGGUAUUAAUUCAAACAAGAACCAUUCUUAUAAAGAAAGUAGGAGUGUCUCACAGGCAAGCAGGAGUUCAUCUUCAAAAGGCAACAGCGUUUCUUCCGCACUUGAAGAUGCAGAAGCAACAAAACAGUCAGAAUCUGAUGACUACAAAGGUAAACUAAAAACUGGGAACACAAUAAGUGUUACAGCAGAGGUUGUCAAUGAAAUGAUGAAACAGAAUGUGAAGGCAUCUCCACUUGCAUUUGAAAAUGAAGAGACAAUGUCAGGAGGAAGUGAAUUCGGUGACAGUUUAGGGCAAAGACAGGAGAUUCCAGACUUCAGCACUGCUGUCCUGGAACCCUCGUCCCACACACAUGUCAUAAGUGCUUCAUGUCAGAAUCCUGGCAACCCAGCACACAUUUUGCAGAACUUUACAGAAAAUAUUAAUAAUGGGCCUCCUUGUGAUCUAGCAUUGAAUAUAGAACUGGAGUCUGAUCUUGCUCGGAAGGAAAGCGAAGAUGGAACAGGAGUAAGAGACAGUUAUACUCGACAUUCACCUCUGGAAUCAAAUCAGCAUGAAUACGCUCAUCCUAAUAUUUAUUACUCUCAAGCUGGAAUAGGCUACCCACAUAAUGCCUUUCAUCCACCCAUGAGAUUUUACUCUUUUCCCGAUGAACAACCAACAGAGAAUUUUGGAAAUAAUGACACUGAUGAACUUGAGGAUGAUGGAAAUCAGCCAUUAAUUAACACAGACUCUUAUAGAAUUGCUGUUGUAAAUGAAAGUGAUUCACGUGUUAGAAAAGUUGGACCUAGAAGGCCAUUUACUCAUGCUGAAUCAGAAUCUAAUCUUCUGUCCCACAAAAGGUUGUUACCUAAAAUGAAGCGUUCAGCCGAACAAGAUGACAUUGUUCAUUUAUGUGAUGCUUUAGAAGUGUUUGAAAAUGAAGAGGACAAAGUUCGAUUAUGUCAGUCUUCUGAAAAGUUGAAUGAAGAAGAAUUAAAUGAUCCACCUAGUUUAGAUGAAGAUUCUGAGAGUUUCAGCAUGUCACUGUCUCCAUUUAAUAUGUCUUCCAAGAAAACGUCACUCUCGUUUGAUGAGAGCAUUGGAAUUCAUCCCUCUCAAGUAAUCGGCUCUUUCUAUGGAACAGAAACCGUACAAGCUGGUCACAGUCAAGACUCUUUUGACCCACAUGAACAGCAGCUUUCAUGUGCAGAAUUUGAGGACAUGAAUUGUACCACAGUAUUCAAAGUCAGCCAGAAGGAGCAACAAGCCAUGAAUCAAGAUGAAAAUACCCCUCUAUUAAUAAACAAGACCAGUCAAGAGACAGUCAAAGAGAAACAACCGUUAGAUAGUGUUGCAAAUGUAGUCAUAGGACAAGGAAAUUAUAAUUCAAUGCAGGAAACUCACUUGUGA